AUGUCCUGCACGAUGCGGUCACGGUUCAUGCUCGGUGUAUUAGCCAAUGGUGUUGACAUGCGUUUCUUCAUCUUCUCCUCUUCACAUGAGGAGAAGAAAUCUGAUUCUUUGGUUGCUAAUCUCGACAUGACAAUACCUUCACUCAGCUUAUCUCGUGGCUCAAACUGUGCUUCAGUCCAUGGCUUAAUCGGGUUUACUAAUAGUGGUCCGUUCAUUGUUUAUAACCCUAGCACCAAAACAGUCACUACCUUGUCAUGUGUUGGAGCACGAACGUACUUGGAUGAGAGGAUAAGUUUUAUCACUGCCCCUGCGGUUGUUGUCGGUUGGGAAGGUGACUCGAUAUUGAUGGAAUACAAAGGGAAGUUAGCUUCCAUUGCUAGACACCCUUAUGUACCUCUCCGUAGUUUUGAUCUAUGGAUACUCGAGGACACGAAGGGCCAGUAUUGGUCCAAGCAAACGUUUGAGCUUCCUUACUCUUUGGGGCAGGGUAAGGAGGUGUUUUCCCCUGGAACCAACAAGGCUGGUGAUAUCGUCUUUGCCCCAAGAUAUCUGUCAAACGAUGUUCAACCCUUUUUCUUGUUCUGCUACAAUGUAGAAACAAAAUGCAUCAGAAGAGUUAGGGUCCAUGGAAUUGCAGACAGCGAAGAGUUUAGGCGCCAUUACGGUCUUGCAGGAGAAUGUUGCAUCUACAUCUCACCCGAACACAUUGAAAGCAUUGCCUCUAUAUGA